AUGGCUGGGCUUCUCAGCGAGCUGCUGGGCCGCCUGUGGGCCCUUGUCAGCCUGCUGUGGCACGCGGUGGCAGCGCGCAUUGGCAAUGGACCCGCCAAGGCGCCGUCAGCGGGGUCGUCGAGGCGGGCCGAAGCCCGCCGCCAGCGGCGCCGCCAGGCAGCCAAGGCAGCUCCAGGGGCAGCUGCGGUGCCGGAGCCAGCAGCAGCACCAGGCAAGGCAACACCUGGCGGAGCAGCACCACAGGCAGCCGCGGCGCCGAAGCCAGCACCCUCUGCGCCAGCUGCAACAGCAAGGCCUGCAGGCGCUGCGCCGCCGUCGGACACAACUGAGUCUGAGGAGGAGCCAGAGGUGGCGCAGCAACCGUCCUGGGCCGCUGCUGCCAUGCCCAACUCCUGGGCAGCGCUGACAGCUGCAAGCGUCAAGGCAGAGGAGGCGCAGUGGGAGGUGGCGCGCAGCAGGAGGGCUCCACAGAAAGGCGCCGCCACGAUGCACGGCGGCGGCUCCGCCUCCGGCAAGCCUGGCGCAGCCACGUCGAAAUCUGCGGCAGCUACAGCGCAAGGCCAGCGCCGCCGCGGCGAGGUGCGCGUGUGCGAGCGGCCCGACUGCGGCGCCGAGGGGCGCGGGUUUCGCAAGUGUGCGCGCUGCGGCCGUGUCGCCUACUGCACCCCUGCCUGCAUGGCCUCCGAUUGGGAGCGGCACCAGGUCCAGAUAGUGCGCCAGGGCGGCAACCAGCAGGACCAGCUGAGCAUCCAGCUGGACACAAGCCUGGGAGGCAGCAGCAGGGUGCCGCCCGGCUCCACCGUGGAGCUGCACUGGGGCGUGUACCGCUCCUCCCCACACCUGUGGCAGCACCCUCCCGAGGUGGUGCCCCCAGGCAGCAGCCGCGACGAGCGCUCCGGCGCCAUGUGCACCGCCAUGGCGGCGGCCGACGAGGGCGCCACCCACACCGUGACGCUCAGCGUGCCCUCCACCCUGGCGCCGCUCACCCUCGCCUUUGUCAUCUGCGUCACGCCGCCCGCCGCCCAGGCCGACACCUCCAAACGCCCUCCCCGCCGCCACUUCAUCACGCCCCUGCACGGCCGCCACUUCUCGGCCCUGAUCGGCACAAGCGGCGGCAGCGCCGCGCGGCAGGGCGCCACGCUGGAGUCCAGCGGCUCGCCGGCGGCGGCACCGGGCGCCGCACCAGCCCCCGGCCCCUCCUCAGUCCUGGCCCGGGCUGGCGGCGCCGCGGGGCAGCAGCAGCAGCAGCAGCACACCGUCAACUUUGCGGUGCGGUGCCGAGGCGUCGACCGCGUGUCGCUGGUGCUGCUGCGCCCGCACGGGGUGGGGCAGGGCGGGGAGUGGGGCAUGCUGGAGGUGGUACUGGACCCGGUGCUCAACCGCAGCGGAGACAUGUGGCACGUGGCAGUGGAGGGCCUGCACAGCCUGGACGGCCUGUGCUACGGCUGGCGGGUGGAAGGGGAUGUGGGCUGGGAGUCGGGCUACCGAGUGCAGCCAUACCAGCUGCUGCUGGAUCCCUACAGCCCCUCCCUCCGCUACUUCCCUGCUGACAUGGCCACAGAGGCCUCAGCCCUGCCCCUGCCCAUCAUCACGCUGCCCGACGGCAGCAGCCGCGCGGUGCUGAGCAGCCUGGAGGGCGUGGCGGCGGCGGCAGAGGCGGGGCCCGCGGCGGUGGCGGCCGCGGAGCAGCUGUUUGUGCCUGGGCCGGGCCACUCGCUGGAGGAGAUGCGGCUGCUGGAGCUGGAUGUGCGCACCUUUGCGCAGGGCAAGGGCGUGCAGCACCCCGGCACCUUCCUGGGCGUGGCGGAGCGGGUGGGCCACAUCAAGGCGGUGGGGGCCAACACGGUGCUGCUCACACCCAGCUACGCCACAGCCAAAGGCAUCGGGCUGAUGGCCCGCGCCGCCGUGCACUACAUGGCCGCCGACCCGCUGCUGGCGUGCGCCGCGGGCGACAGCAGCGCGGCGGCGGCGGCCGAGUUCCGGGCCAUGCUGUCGGCGCUGCACGCCGCCGGCAUCGAAGUGCUGCUCAUGCUGGACCUCACCUUCACCGCCGAGGGCACCGACACCUCCCCCCACACCCUCUGCCUGCGCGGCCUGGACCACGCCGCCCACUACCGCGCCAACGGCGUGCUCAACUGCGGAGACCCCGCCACACGCUCCUACCUGCUGGACGUGCUGCGCCACUGGGCGGACGAGGGCGUGGACGGCUUCUGCUUCAUCAACGCCGAGAACCUGGUGCAGGACCGCUUCGGCACAGUGCUUGACGCGCCUCCGCUGGCGGAGGCUGUGUGCCACGACCCGCGCCUCCGCGCCCUCAAGCUGGUGGCCCUCGCCUCCGACGACUCGCUGCUGCCGCGCGGCGGCGCCCGCGGCUUCCCGCACUGGGCGCUGUGGAUGCAGCGCAACACGGGCUGGGGCGCCGACCUGCUGGCGUACAUGGCGGAGGGCACCUCGGGCCUGCUGACGGCGGUGGCGGGGCGGCUGAUGGGCAGCGCCGCCGUGUUUGACGCUGACUGGGCCUCCGGCCUGCCGGGCAACCUGGCGGCAGGCCGCCGCCCCGCCUUUGGCAUCAACAGCAUCACCGUGCUGGGCCGCCAGUCGCUGCCGGAGCUGUGCGCCGAGGCGGCGGAGCUGGCGGCGGCGGCGGUGGCCUACGGCGGCGCCCGCGCGCCGCCCCCCUCCGCCGCCACCAUCUCCAAGUCGCUACUGGCGCUGGCGGUGCUGUCGCUGGGGGUGCCCGUCGUGCCGCAGGAUGCGGUGGCCGAGCUGGCGGCGGCGCACUUUGUGGGCGUGCUGAUGCGGCUGCGCCGCCGCCUGGCGCCGCUGCUGCUGCCGCCGCGCUUCGACUCGCCGCGCGACAUCCGCUGGCACGCCGCCGACGCCUCGGUGGCGCCCAUCUGGGAUGCUGAGCUGGCGGGCGAGGCGGCGGGCAGCGGCAAGCUAGACACCAGCUUCCUUGCCUUCUCGGUGCGCGGCCCCGAGGGCCAGUCGGUGUAUGUGGGCGUCAACCCGCACCCGCACCCUGUCACCGCCAGGCUGCCGCCGCCGCCGCCGGGGCGCGUGUGGGAGCGCAUCGUCGACACAUCCCGGGCGGCGCCGGAUGAUGCGCUGCUGGAGGGCGGGGAGCCAAUCACCGGCGGCGUGUAUCAGCUGGCCUCCAAGGCAGUGCUGGUGCUGCAGACGGCAGUUGUGGAGACCCCUGGCUUCCAGGCGCAGCAGCAGCAGGCAUACCCGGCAGUGCAGCAGGCGCAGCAGGUGCCGACGUACGCGUCCCCGCAGACACAGACCUCGCAGCUGACGCCUCAGCAGCUGCAGCUGCGACGCCUGUUGCUGACCCAACAGCAGGAGGCGGCACAGGAGCAGACGCCUGGGCCGCAGCCGGGGCAACAGCCAUGGCAGGGGCAGGAUUCGGUGCAGCAGCCCUGGCAGCAGUAG